AUGUCGGGUGCCCAUCAGAGCCGGGCACCGCAGGAGGACAUGCUUGGGCUGUCCGCCUCCUCUCAGCAGACGGGUAGAGUAGACCAACAGGCCUCCAGCUGUCAGUCCCCAGAGGGCUCUCCAGAUGUCCACUCCGAGCGAGGAGUGCUGGGCGGCCCAGCCACCUCGGAUGGCGACGAGGGCGGACUGCGAGUCGGUGCAGGCUACGAUGGUGUCUUCGGCGUGCGGCGGGUUCUCCAGCAGCUAGGAGAGAGCAGCUCGGAGGGCGACCAUCUCAGCUCGGAAGCUGGAGCACAGACUGGCGUAUUCUUGAGCUUCCCGAUCCCGAUGCAAGUUUUGCGUACAUCAUCGCACGAUGCUGUUCUACGAACAACGGUGCUGGCAACCGCCUCAGCGAGGCGCCAAGCAGAGGAGCAGCAGAUUGAGCAGCUAUGCGCCGACAUGCUGGAGGCUGAGAGCUUCUCCACUCUCGAGGAUAUGUACGACAAACUGGAGAAAGAAAAGCUGCCCACCGGAUUUAUCAUACUGAGGAUGACUACAUCAGACGAGCGUUGUGACGUUCUCAGUGUAAGACUGGAAGAGCUGGAUGAGACACUGGGACUUUCUAUGAUCAUCAGAAACCUGACCAUUUACGAAGACUUGCAGUUCCGAAUGCACCUAGCGGGUGCAGAACUACCUGUCAACCACGCCGCGGGACUGACGGCCAGACCCGGACAUUUUGAGCGAACAUCCGAGGUGCUCAAUGUUCUGGCUCGCCUGAAGUCACUCGACAUCAGUGCCACCUAUAUGAUGACUUCUGCAGCCAACCACCUAGACCGGGCAGCAGAAAGUGGCAGCAAUGGAGAGUCCACGGUCUGUCAGUUUGCGGCGGAGCAACUGCGCCUAGCAACAGCGCCUGCAAACAGACGGCGCUAUAGUCAGGCGCUGCUGAGUUUGGCUGUGGUUUGGGACAGAACGAGCCCAAAUCUGUAUGAAGAUAUGUGCCGCUCCGAUGUCCUACUCCUCCCACACCGGAAAACCCUCCGGCGACUCAUCUCUGCGCUCAGCGUGCGGGAAGGCAUCGACAUCGGCACCGUGACAUAUCUCAAGAUGAGAAUUGCCGAACUAAGCGACAGAGAACGCAUCGUGAACUUGUCUAUGGACGAAGUGUACGUCGCACGCUCAGUGGAACUAGCGGGAGGGCGCGUGUACGGCGAAAGUGGCGACGGUGUCGCCAGCACCAUCUUCUGCACUAUGAUAUCGUCAGUAGCCGGGAGAUACGAGGAUAUGGUCUCGAUGUCUCCGGUGUGUAGCAUAAGCACAAGUGACAUUCGCACCAUCUUCUUCACGGUGUUGAAAACCUUGACAGAGAUAGGGUUUGUCGUCAUCUCCUGCACGACGGAUAAUCACCGCACGAACCAGGGGUUCCAUAACUCCCUGGGAGAAGACGGAUGCCACCCGGAGUAUAUAACGAACCCCUUCAACCCCAGCGCAAGAGUGUACACCAUGUAUGACAGUGUACAUCUAUACAAGAACUUCUUCAAUCUCUUGAAUAGGAAGACUCUUAUGUGCAACCUCCCACAGUCUGAGACAACAGUGACAGCCGAGUACAAGCACCUACAACAGCUAUACAAGAUGGAGAUGGGAGAAGAGGCGAAGAUGGCCUAUCGCCUGACAGACCGAGUGCUGAACCCGACAAGUAUCGAACGUGUAAACGUUCAGUUGGCCGUGGCGGCAACGCAUGAGUCAACCGUAGCAGCCCUCAGGUUCUACAGCCAGAAGGAGGAGUAUCGUGACUUUGGACAGACGGCUGAUUUCCUGGAGAUGCUGAGGAAGUGGUUCAGCGUUGUCAAUGUCAAGACAGCUUUCACACAUGUGCGCCUGAAUGACCCUCUCAGAGCCCCGCCCAGGAAAGAGGAGAGCCUUGGGCUGGACUACCUCACUGCCUUUGGAACAAUGCUCCAAGUCUGGCAGGACAGGAAGGGCGGGGCCAAGAUGUCCACCGACACAUCACAAGCCGCCAUCUACACUUGCAGAGGUCUGGUCGGCGUAUCCCACUACAUGCUGGAGGAGCACAGUGACUUGGUCCACUACGUUCUGCUCGGAAAGUUUCAAUCCGACAAGAUUGAGGGCCGCUUCGGCUACCUUAGGAAGUUGGCCGGCGGCAACUUCUGGGCGAGCGUACGACAGUUCUUUGAAGGCGAAGCCGUCAUCAGGGUUAAGGGCCUCGUCUGGCUAUCCGGUUACAGUCUUGGCACUGUAGCUUCAGUCAUGGAAGAGGCCCGUCAGCAGCGCCAUCGCGACGACGCCGAGGUGGUCGAACUCGAAACUCUAGUCGAGCACGCUUCGUGUGCGGAGCAGGAACCGUUGUCGGAGGGAGCAGAACAAGCCAUCGCCCACGUGGCCGGCUACCUAGCCCGAUCAGUCAUGAGGACGAAACAUUGUUAUGCCUGUCACGCGAUUCUGGUCAACAAGGAACCGGGCGAGCUGAAAGAGAUUUCCCUGGAUACAGAAGGCGGACACCAGACAGUUGACGCCCCUGGUCUGGAUGAAGCUGUGAGAACAUUCACAAGUCUCUUGAACCGGGGAAGGCUGCUGUGUCCGUCAGAGCUGGCUGUCAACCUAUCAGUGAACAUAUGCCACGUGUACAGGUGGCUGAUGCAGAAUGAGACUUCUCGACGUGCUCUCCUUGGCUGCUCCCAACCGCGUUCAGCAUUCCAGCGAGUCAUGACCACCAUAGGUCAACAGGACAGCAGCCUGACCAGCCUCCGAUGCGCGAGCGGUCAUGCCUUCCUGGAAGUUUAUGGCCGGAUGGCAAGCGCACUGUUCAAUGUGUUCACCUCGAACUACGCUACUGAGAUGAACAGUGCUAUCCAUUCAAGCAAGAAAAGAACGACAAGUCCAGUGAACACGCGAGAUCGAAGUAAAAGAUAAGGAAACUCAGCAGUGCGAAGAAGUAGUGCGAAGAAGUUAGCAGUGAGCUGAACUCAGUCCUCAUUUCGGCGCCCUUUUAGGUAUUGAAGAUGUGUUGUAAAUCUGACUUGUUAGGGAUGAUGCUUAGAGUUAUGUAUCAUUUAUUAUAUCCAAUGUUGUGUAGCAAAUGCGAAUAACGACCUUUCCGUCUCAUCUUGACCGGACGGGACCCAUGCUGUCGCUCGCAUUAGAAUGUCUUGUCUUGUGUUAUGUGUAUUGUCAUGGCAUGUCUUGCGUUAUAUGGUGUACUGCGUGCGAAUAGUGUAUUUGGUCUGUCAAACAUAUGUAUAUUGAAUAGUAUGUAUAAUAUCGGUACUUACCAGAGGCUGCGAUUGUGAUGGCAAUCGCUUGGUAACUACCAUGUUGUCUUGGGACGCAGUAAUAUGUAAUGAUGCAACAUGUACUCGUAGGUACUUGAAAUGCAGUGGCAUGUGACAUAUACGACACGAAUUAU